AUGAAGUGGGGGGCCCGCGCCCCGGGCCCCGAGGGGGGACCCCCGGCCGUGUCGCGCCGGGGCAGCCCCGGCGCACCCCCCCCCUCUCCCCCGCCGCCCCCUCCGGGGCGGGAGGUGGACGGAGCGUCCUUUCUAGACCCAAAGAUGCGGCGGCCGCCGCCGCCGUCGUCGUCGCGCCCCCCCCCCGCCGCGCCCCGCGCGGGCCCGGGGGGCCCGGGCCCGGCCGGCGUUUGGCCGAAACGGUUCCCCCGGGGGAGGGUCCCCGGGGGUCCCCGGGCCCCCCCGGGGCCCCCCCGGCCGCGCCUACAGCCGGACUACGAUACCGCAGCGCCGCCGCGCCCCGUGGCUCGCGAUAGCCCCCGCCCCCCUCCGCGGGCGGGGCCCCGGGGGGGACGCCGCUCGUUUGGAGCCGGGGCGGGCGAUGGGGCCCGCCUCUCCCCCGUCGCGUACCGCAUGAUCCCCGGGGCGGCGGACAGCAGGUCUACCCCGAGCCCCGGGCUGCCGAAGACCAAGUCCGGCGGCGGACAGCAGGUCUACCCCGAGCCCCGGGCUGCCGAAGACCAAGUCCGGCGGCGGACAGCUGGUCUACCCCGGGAGGCCAGGCAAAGCCCGGCCGAGGGGCACGGGAAAAACCCCCCGCCCCUCGCCAGGGCGAGGGGACCCGCCGCCCCGGCCCCGCCCGCGCCGCCCGGGCCGGGGCCCGGGGCCGUGCGGGCCCCGGCCCGGGCCGGCCGGGCCGCACCGCCCGCGCCGCGCCGGGUGCCCCACGAUCAUGCGGUACGCGACGGGGGAGAGGCGGCGCCGCAUCCGUCCGCCCCUCCGGCUCCCAACCACGAGCGGCGCUCCUCACCGGGCCCGCCCGCGGACGGGCGGGCGGCCGGCUAUCGCGAGCCCACCGAGGCGCCGGCGGCGCUGCGGUAUCGCUACCGAGAGCUCCCCGGGACCCGCCGGAACCGCACGCUUUCCAAGCGCGGGCCCCUCCUCGGGCGAACCCAUUCCAGGGCGCCCGCCCCUUCACAAAGAAAAGAAACUCUCCCGGGCUCCCCCCGGGCUUCUCCGGGAUCGGUGCGCCCACCGCAACUGGGCGCCUCGCGCGCCCGUCUCCGCCACUCCGGAUUUCGGGGAUCUGAACCCGACUCCCUUUCGAUCCGGCUGAGGGCAACGGAGGCCAUCGCCCGCCAUUUCGGAACGGCGCUCGCCUAUCGCUUUAGGACCGCUGACCCAUUUUCAACUGCUGUUCACAAUGGAACCCUGCUCCACUUCGGCUUCAAAGCUCCCCGUUUGAAUAUUUGCUACUACCACCAAGAUCUGCAACCUGCGGCGGCUCCAAACCCGGGCCCGACGCCCCGGCUUCGACGCACCGCAGGGGCCCCUCCUAACUCGUCGCGGCCUAGCCCCCCGGGCAUCGCACUCCCGGGCGACGCCGGUAUGGCCGACGCUCCACGCCAUCCAUUUUCAGGGCUAGUUGAUUCGGCAGGCAUAGUUCACCAUCUUCGGGGCCCACAAAGGGCCCACAACGCUCCACCCCCCGGCCGCGAGGGGGGGGCGGGGGAGAAAAGGGCCCCGGGGGUGCGCCCGGGCUUUCCAGGGCGACCCGCCCCGGAUCCACCUCAGGGCCCCGCGCCCGGCCCUCACCUUCCCUUGCGGGCCCGGGGGUUUCACUCGGGCCCUGACUCCCACUGCCCAGACUCCUGGGCCUUUCAAACGGGGCGGUGGGGACCCCACAUCGCCGCGACCCCGGGGGCCCCACCGGGCCCCUACCGGCCCGGGGCGCCGCCGGGCGGGGGGCCCCUGAGCGCAGUCCCCCCGGGGUUUACGCGGCGCCGGGGCCGGGGGGCCCCGGCCCCCCACCCCCGCGCAAAACGCCCGGGGCGGGGCGCCCCCGCAGGGCCCCCCCGCACGGCGCCGCCGACGGGGGAGGGCGCGCGGCGGUCCUCUCCCUCGCCCCCCGGGGUUUCCGGGGAGACCUGCCUUUCCCGGGGGGUUAACACCCGCCCCGGGACAAAGGCCCUGCGGGGCGACGGCCGCACCGCGGCCGCGACCCGCGACGGCGACCGCGCCGGCCCCAGCAAGGAUGGGGGGCCGCCGGGGGAAACCCCUUCCCCGCCCGACCGCCCACCGCCUUCCCCCGGGGAAACCGGGCGGCACGCCGCCCCAAAGGGCCGCCCCCGCCCACCCGCCGCCGAACCGCCCCCGGGGGCAACGGCCUCGAGGCGACCCCAGCCCGCCCCCCGGGGUGGCCCCCGGACGGCGAUUGAUCGUCAACACGCUCAACGGGGCUAG